CUUUUUCCCAUUCCAAGCGCACGUUUUCGGAAAAGAAAUACCAGGCUUAUCACCGGUGCAAUAACUCGUACCGACACUGUAAUAACUGAUUCGCACUUCGGCAGGUAAUUUGUUGUGCACGGCAUUGAAAUUGUCUUGCGUAGUAAGCAACUUCGCACUAAAACAAUUCGUGAAGGAAAAAAAUAUGAUAAACUUCAAAAACAAACCCGCUGUUUAGUUGACCCUAGACAGUCAAAGCUCUUAAUUUGCUUAAUUCUUCGUUGAUUUUCUCUCCAAUCGGCUGUCCCGUAAUGGAUACACCAAAACCCCCCAAAGAAUAUCACAGUGGUCGCAUCGGAUACCGUCAUGUUUUAAUGGUAUUAUUAUUUUUUGGCGCUAUUUUUAAGCAGGCAACGAGAGUGGGAUUAAGCGUAGCUAUGGUGGCGAUGGUCAAACCUCUGGGAAGCAUACAAAAUUACAAUCAAACAACUGGAGAUAAUCAAACUAUUUUGGCAUGUCCGGAAAAUUUAUCGCCAAUCCAAAACAGCAGUUUGUUUUCCAAUAAUAUUACCUUGGUGAAUUCGGGAUACUUCGAGUGGGAUUCAAAAACGCAAGGGUUGCUGCAUGGAGCCUUCUACUACGGCUAUCUAUUUUCCCAAAUACCUGGUGGAUGGCUUUCGCAUCGGUUCGGCAGCACGCGACCAAUAACAGCGUGCUCACUCUUAAUUGGGAUCGUCACCGUCUUAUCGCCGUUUGCUGCUUACGGAAGCAUGUGGUUAUUCUUUAUUGCCCGGGUCAUUAUCGGAAUCACAACAGGCGUUAUUUUUCCUUCCAUCGUGCAUUUGUGGAGCGAAUGGAGUCCGCCAGCAGAGCGAGGUCGACUGUUAUCGGGAGCCGGCAGUGGCGCUCAACUGGGCACAGUUCUGGGGAUGUUUCUAAGCGGUCUGUUAGCCUCUACAUUCGGCUGGGAGUCCAUCUUUUUUUGCUUUGGAGCACUUCAACUUUUAUGGGUAAUUCCCUGGGUGAUACUGGCCAGAGAUUCUCCGGCAGCGCACUUUAAAAUUUCCGACGAAGAACGCCACUACAUUGUCUCGUCAAUAGGGAAAUCUCGAAGCGGGGAGAAAGGUCAUCGCCAUCCAAUUCCUUGGUUGGCCAUUUUUAAAACAGUGCCGUUCUACGCGAUUUUGGUGGUGGAAUUCGGGCACAACUGGGGCUUCUACACUAUGCUGACGAAUUUGCCUACUUAUCUCAGCAAUAUUCAACAUUAUUCCCUGAAAAAGAACGGGUUUCUUUCGGCAUUGCCCUAUUUGGUCCGAUGGGCCGCCAUUGUAAUGGUCGUGUACGCAGCUGACUGGUUGCGCUCCAAACACUUUAUGAGCGUCAGCGCUUUGCGAAAGACUUUUACCACAGUGUCGUUUAUCAUCACGGCCGGGGCGUUGAUUGGUUUGGGUUAUGCCGGUUGCAACAGUGCAUUAGCCGUUUCGUUGCUGGUUCUCACAGUGGGCAUCUGGAGCUUAAAUUCGGCAGGAUAUUUUCUGGGUUAUGUGGAAAUGUCACCGGAGUUUUCGGGUGUUUUAGUCAGUAUGGGGAACACCUUUGGCACGACCACCGGGAUCAUUGCUCCCUACGUGGCGGGAGUGUUGACCAACGGGCCAGGAGGACAGACGAUUGAAAACUGGAGAAUUGUGUUUCUAAUUUCGGCCGCCUUGUAUUUACUGGCUGCCAUUACGUAUGCGUUGUUUGGCUCAGCUGAGCAGCAGCCAUGGGAUCCCACGGGAAAGAAUGAAAAAGUAACCGUAAAGAUACCUGAUGAGAGUGAUGAAGAAGUUAUGUUUCUUAAACCAACCAAAUAAUCUGGGUAUCAUAUUCGCAAAAAUGUCAUGGCGUUCUAUGAAGUAUUUAUUCAUUUGCUGUACAGUUCGUGGUUAUGUUUUACGUGUGCCUAGGUUUGAUACAAUAGUAUACGUAGAUGAUUUGAUCUGUUUGAGUUUACCGUAUACAGGACUCUGAUACAAGCAGCUAGGGUAGAUGUACUUCUAGUACUCUGCAACACUUUAUUUUGCUUCUUUCUUAUAGAAAUAAUACCACC